AUGAUAUUUAGCAAAGGUCAAGUGGAAAAUUAAGAGUUUUGGAAUAAAACUGACAUUCCGUCAUUUGACAAGGAAGACUUUCAAAAUAUGCAUGUGCUAAUGGGUAAUUUCACCAAGGUAGGGAGGACCUUCAAAUAGAGAUGCCUCAGAACCUACUUUUUGGUGAAAUAAUUUUUAUUGUACUCUGAUGUAGGAAGUGGAAAUAACAUUAAAGGAUUUGUAUAAUUGGAUACUGUAUAUUGUUAAUUUAAUUAAUUGGAAACAGGAUUUUAAAUAGCAUUAAUAAAUAAUGGUUAUUAGAUUCACCUGAAUACAGAGGACAAGUAAUAAUUCAAAACCUGGGAAAUUGCAUUAUCAAAUUGCUGUAUCUUAAGUGAUUUCGAUAAAGUAUACAAACUGGGAAUGCAAAUAGGUUCAGGAAGUUUUUCAACAGUUCAUUAAUGUUCUAAUCGGGAAGGUGAGAUGUUUGCUGUAAAAAUAAUAAAAAAACAAACAAUAAAAUAAUUUAAUAAAAAUAAGAGUUAUGAGGAAUAAUUAUUAAAUGAAAUCUAAACUCUUAGAAUGUUUAAUCAUUCAAAUAUAUUAAAAUUAUAUAGAGUUUAUGAGAAUCAAUAAAAAAUAUGUCUAUUGACUGAUUAUAUCGAUGGUCCGGAGUUGGUAUCACAGCAAUCCUCAAAAAAGAUUUACUCCUCUGACGAUUUAAGAAUAAUGAUAAUCCACCUUCUCAGCGCAAUUGAAUAGAUACAUUAAUAAAAAGUAAUGCAUCGAGAUAUCAAACCACAAAACAUCCUAUUAAAAAAUAAUAACAUUCAGAACCCUGUUCUAAUUGAUUUCGGAUUGGCAGCAUUUACUUGGUAGAAGAAUAUGCCAUUUCCUUAAUGUGGAAGUCCAGGCUAUUCAGCCCCAGAGGUAUUGAAAUAUGAUGAAUCUAAAAAGAUAUACAAUUAAUAAUGCGAUAUUUUUAGUUUAGGAAUUACUUUAUUUGUUGUUCUUUAUGGUUAUAAUCCAUUUAAACAUAACGAUUUAAAAUAAACUAUUAAAAAAAAUACUGAUGGAUAUUUUGAAAUACCCUCAUCUAAAUAUCCUAAAUCAUUGGAGAAUCUAAUCUGUUAAAUGACAAAGAAGUAUCCUAAAGAUAGGAUUACUAUAUCAGAAGCAUUAAAUCACCCAUUCUUUUAGACCCCAUUUUUUUGUUAAAUUCAAUUACCCAAAUAAAUUGUAUCUAAAUAAUAUCAUGACAUCAUUGCCAAAGGAGAAAUUAAUACACACAUCAACGCCAGUAUGGAAAUGGAUCAAGGUGUCAAUUAUGUCAGCCAAGCUAAUACCUAAACCACUCCUCAAAAUAAUGGCUAUAAAAAUAGAACCAUCUCAAUAAUAAGUGUGCCUAUUAGUAGAAAGAGUCAGGAUUAUUAAAAAUAACAGGAGAUAAGUUCAUAAUCUAGAACAUCUAAUGAUAGGGAUUUUAAUCCGCAGGAUAAAAUUCGAAUGCCCUCUAAAACAUUAUCUUAUCAAAAAAACAUUCAAUUAGAUUAUGAGGACGAAUAUCAACUCAAUAAUAUGGAACAUGAUAAUAAUUAUGUAGACCAAGAACAUUUAUAUAAACUAAACUUCUCUAUUAACUAAAAGUUAUUUUAAACCUCUAAGCUUUGUUUAAGUAAACAAGACAAUUGA